AUGGCCGACGACUUCGCUCCCCCUACGGGACCCCCGCCUCCUAAGGCACCCGAGGUUCCUCCAGGCUGGGCCGCCCGCUGGAAUGAUCAGUACAAAGAAUGGUUCUACGUGAACCUCCACACAAAGAAGUCCCAGUGGGAGAAGCCUACUGAGCCAGCGCUUCCUCCCCCGCCCCCCGCAGAUGGGCAUCCUGGCGGCCCUCCUCCGGGCUACGCCCCGAGACCAGGCGAUCCGACGCCUCCUGUAGACGUCAAGACGAAUCCGUACGAGAACCAUAGCUCAACUCCUCAACCCUCCGGUCCUGCUGGCUCAUCCUUGACCGAGGACGAACGGUUAGCCCGUCAGCUCCAGGCGGAGGAGGACCAACGCAAUCGUGGCUCUCAUUCCCCAAUGCCCGGCCAAGCAUUGCAGCAACAGCAGCACCAGCACUCCCAAAGCCCUUUCCCAGAGCAGUUGCCCCCUCGUGUUCAAGAGCGUGGCAAGAGCAGUGGGUUCCUGGGUAAGCUGCUCGGCAAGGCCAAGACUGGUGGUAGCAGUCACGGACAGCCGGCAUACGGAGGAUAUCCGCCCCAGCAACCACAAUACGGCGGUUACCCACCCCAGCCACAGUACGGAGGAUACCCUCCUCAACAGGGCUAUUAUCCUCCUCAGCAGCACGGCUACGGUGGUUACGGCGGAGGACAUCCUCAGGCCGGAUACGGCGGUUACCCCCAGCAGCAGAUGGCUGGCAGGAGACCAGGCGGCGGUGGCGGUAUGGGUAUGGCCGGUGGAAUGGCACUUGGUGCCGGUGCUGGUUUGCUUGGUGGUGCGCUUAUUGCGGAUCAUAUGGCUGAUGAGCAGCACGAGGCCUAUGCCGAAGGAUACAAUGACGGAGCCGGUGGUGACGAUUUCGGUGGUGGUGACGACUUUGACUUCUAA